ACAACCAAUUAACUCUUUUGACAGCCCUUUCGAUACCCUUAAACCCCAUUUCUCCUCUUUCCAUGGAGUAUCAUCUAGAGAAGAACCAAGAGUCAAAAGUUGCUGAUGAAGAAGAGAAGACGACCACUGCUCCAGGUGCCGAGAAUCGAGUAUGCGUCACCGGCGGCAACGGCUUCAUUGGAUCUUGGAUUGUGCGAACCCUAAUCGACAAGGGUUACACCGUCACUGUCACCUUCCAGCCCGGUACCGAUUGUUCCCACCUCCUCUCAUUCCCCGGCGCUGAGGAAACCCGCCUUCAUCUCAGGGAGGCCGAUCUUCUCGACGCGACGGCGAUCGCCGACGCAGUGUAUGGGUGUCGUGCUGGAGUGUUCCAUGUGGCGUCGCCCUGCACGCUGGAGGCUCCGCGGGAUCCGGAACGGGAGCUGCUGAUGCCGGCGGUGAUUGGGACGAUUAACGUUCUGGAGGCAGCGAGGGCCGCCGGAUCUCGACGGGUGGUGCUUACAUCCUCCAUCUCGGCCAUGGUGCCGAAUCCUAAAUGGGCCACUGAUCGACCUGGGCUUCCAGUAGAUGAGGAGUGCUGGACCGAUCUGGAUUACUGUGAAACACGCCAGCAAUGGUAUCCUGUGGCGAAGACGAUGGCAGAGAAGAAAGCUUGGGAAUAUGCCGAAAAGUACAAUUUAGACAUUGUAGCAAUCAAUCCCUCCACAACGCUUGGUCCCCUGUUGCAGCCUGGUCUGAAUGCAAGCUCAGCUGUCCUUCAACAACUCUUACAAGGUUCUAAGGAUACUCAAGAGUUUCACUGGCUUGGCUGCGUGCAUGUGCGUGAUGUUGCUGCUGCUCAGGUCUUGCUGCUGGAGACACCAAACGCCUCUGGGAGGUAUCUAUGUACCAAUGGGAUAUAUCAGUUCAAGGAUUUUGCCGAAUCUGUUGCUCAGCUAUGCCCCAACUAUGGCGUCUAUAGGUUCGAUCAACAAACUCAGCCGGGACUUGUUGCAUGUAAGGAUGCUGCUAAAAGAUUGAUUGAGCUUGGGAUGGUCUUCACUCCAAUAGAAGAGGCAAUCAAAGAGUCAGUGGAAAGCAUGGAAGCAAAAGGAUUUCUUGUUCCCACCUAACCUGCAAUCGUAAUUCAACUAGCCUCUUCCUCAUGAGCAAGAUCUUUAUCAAUAACAAGCUUUUCUAUGAAACAUUAAUUAUUUAAUUAAAUUAAACCAAACACGAUUGAACAAAAGUUUAUUCGUAUUCGACUUAUUUAUAAAUAAAUUUGGAUCAAAAAACCCAAAUUGAUCUUUGAAAUGUAGUUACCCAUUGUUGGGCCAUCAUAUGUUCAAGAUGUCAUGCCAUUUUCAAUU